AUGCUGACAAUAGACUUGCUACUGACCGCCGCAGUAUUUGGCUGGAUAUAUUUCUUAUGGAGUCGCCGCAGAUAUUAUCUGGUGAUGCUGAAGUUGCCCGGACCCAUUGGGUUUCCCCUACUUGGAGUUGCCUUGCACUUAUUUUUCUAUAAACUAAGGUUGAGUGCAAUCACGAUGAUGUUCAACAUAUACGGAUCCACCGUAUUCACCUGGAUUGGCCCCUUACCAGUCUUAGCUACCAGAGACCCGAAAAUAGUCGAGGACAUCCUGACAUCCCCCGUAUGCAUUAACCGAAGUAAACACGCAGCGGAUGCUAUAGUGGCUAACUGUGGACAGGGAGUGUUGACUUUGCCAGAACCCAAGUGGAGCGAGCGUCGCAAGCUGUUGAAUCCCUGUUUCAAGCAAAAUGUUCUGCUCAGCUUCUUUCCCAUUUUUAACGCUGAGACCAAUGUGCUGCUGACCUUGCUGGACUCUUAUGUCGGUGAGGGCGAAAAGGAGCUCCUCUCAGACGUUCUGAAGUGGUCAUUCAGGAUAUCCUUUCAGACCACUGUGGGCGCAGAUAUCCAGCAAGAAGAAAGCUUCAACAGCGACCUCCUCCUGGAAUGCUUUCAGACGAGCCUAAAACUGAUCACAUUAAAUGUCGUUGUUCCCUUUACCCAAAUCGGAGUAAUAGCGAAGUUGUGCGGCAUUGAAAAAAACAUUUCUACCAUGCAUUCGAUGCUAGAUUCGAUCAUACGGAUAAAACUUAGCUCCAAGAAGGAAAGUAAUUCCGAGACGGAGCUGAACUUGGUGAUCGACCAAGUCAUCGACUCCUAUAGAACGGGGAAAAUGUCCUGGGAGGAUAUGCAAGGCGAGAUUUCUAUUAUGGUGAUAGGUGCCUUUGAGACAACAGGGCUCACCGUAUAUCACGCUCUAGUGCUGCUUGCCAUGCACCCAGAGUUCCAGGACACUGUACACGAGGAACUCAAUGAGGUCUUUCCGACGCCCGGCGACUUUGAAGUGGCUUACGAGGAUCUGCAGAAAUUAGUUUACUUGGAACGUGUAGUAAAAGAAACAUUGCGCUUGAUACCUGCGAUUCCGCUAGAUCCGAGGGAGAUCUCAAAGGAUUUCAGGCUUUCGUCUGGAGCUAUCAUACCCAAGGGAGUCAUGGCGGUCGUCGACGUGUUCAAUACUCACCGAAACCCAGAGGUCUGGGGUCCAGAUGCCACAAAAUUCAAUCCGGAUAACUUUUUGCCAGAUAACGUGAGCGCGAGGCAUCCAUACGCCUUCAUUCCCUUCUCGAAGGGCAAGAGAAAUUGCAUAGGCUGGAGAUAUGGGCUUAUGUCUUCCAAGCUUGCCUUGGCCAAGAUCCUCAGGAACUUCAAGGUGAGCACAACUUUUUCCUAUGAGGAUCUUCAAUUCGUUGAAAAUAUAGGAAUGAAGCUGACCGAGACACCACGGCUGGCCUUUGAGCGACGUACUUAG